CAUUAUAAUAUGAAGACUGAAGAAGAUUAAAGAGAGUAGUGGGCUUAUAUAGAUUUUAGCUCUCUCCCUCUGUGCACAUCAAAUCUAAGCAGUUUUAAAUCCCAAAGUGAGAGAAGAAGAAGAAGAUCGGAGAUGCCGAAGCUGGUUGAGAAAACGGGAAGCCGACCACCGUGGGUGGGGUUAGCAGCCGCCGUAUGGGUUCAGAUGUCGGCGGGAAACGCUUCAACUUUCGCUCUCUACUCCGCCGCUCUCAAAUCGGUUCUAGGGUUUAACCAGCAACAGGUGACGAUCCUCGGCGUGGCCUGUGAUCUCGGGGAGAACAUGGGUCUACUUCCAGGUUACGCAAGCAACAAGCUUGCUCCCUGGGCGAUGCUCCUCAUCGGCGUCUCCUCUUGUUUCCUCGGUUACGGCGUCCUCUGGCUCUCCGUCUCCCAAAUCGUUAACGGCUUGCCUUUCUGGCUGCUGUUCGUAGCUCUGGUUGUGGCAACUAACAGUAGCUCAUGGUUCGGCACGGCGUCUCUUGUGACCAAUAUGAGGAACUUUCCUGUGAGCCGAGGCACUGUGGCGGGACUUCUCAAAGGCUUAACUGGGAUCAGCGGUGCAGCUUUCACCGUCUUGUUCAGCGUCUUGCUUCACCAUUCCGCUUCUGAUUUGCUUCUGUUUCUCACCGUUGGUAUCCCGGUUCUGUGUUUGUCUGUUAUGUAUUUCAUCCGUCCCUGUAUUCCCGCCACCGGUGAAGACCCUUCCGAGCCUCUGUAUUUGGCUUUUCUCCUCGGGACGAGUAUCGUUCUCGCUGCUUAUCUCGUUGUGACGACUGUCGUUAGCGAGGUGUAUUCACUGCCGAGUAUACUUAGAUACGUUCUUGUGGCUGUCAUGGUGUUGUUUUUGUUCUCUCCUCUUGCGGUUCCCAUCAAGAUGACACUCUUCCGUUCCAAUGUCAAGACGGGUUCUUCGGAUAAUCUAGCUAAAGAGGAAGGUGAGUCAACAACACAGGAGGAGCCGCUGCUGAUAACUUCUACCUCGGAUUCAAACCUCCUGGGGUCUCUCUUCGAAGGAGAUGAUGAUGAUAUGGAAGUACUUCUUGCUCAAGGAGAAGGUGCGGUUAAGAAGAAGAGGAAGCCUAGAAGAGGCGAGGAUUUCAAGGUUGGUCAAGUCUUCGUCAAGGCUGAUUUCUGGCUCCUUUGGUUUACCUAUUUCCUAGGCAUGGGUUCAGGUGUUACGGUCUCAAACAACUUGGCACAGAUCGGAUUCGCUUUUGGUAUCAAGGACACAACAAUACUCCUCUGCCUCUUCAGCUUCUUCAACUUCAUAGGCCGUCUCGCUUCAGGUGCCAUAUCUGAGCACUUUGUCAAGUCAAGAACGCUUCCAAGAACAGUGUGGAUGGGAGUGGCACAGCUAGUUAUGGUGUUCGCAUUCCUCAUCUCCGCCAUGGCCAUCGACCACACCAUCUACGUGGCGACUGCUCUUAUCGGGAUAGGCAUGGGGUUUCAGUUCUUAUCGAUCGCCACAAUAUCGGAGCUGUUUGGUCUCAGACAUUUUGGGAUAAACUACAACGUGAUACUCUUGGGAAACCCGAUAGGAGCCACCAUAUUCUCGGCCCUUCUUGCGGGAUACAUCUACGACAGGGAAGCGGAGAAGCAAGGGAAUCCCACCUGCGUUGGUCCUGAUUGCUUCAGGGAAACGUUCUUGGUUCUAGCCGGAGUUUGUGGCCUUGGAACUCUGCUUUCUGUUAUAUUGACUGUGAGAAUCCGACCCGUCUAUCAAGCUCUCUAUGCGUCUGGCUCAUUCAGGUUGCAGCCCCAAUCAGCCGGUCAUUGAUAUUUCUAGGGAGAGUAAGAGAGAGAGACGAAAGAUGAUAUAAAAGAAAUAAAAUGUUAUAUCUACUUUGCAUUGUAUUAUUGUAUUCUAGUAUUUGUAAACUUUAUUGUUUAUUCAGCUGUAAACUGUGACUUAAACCGGCCAAGAACCGGUAGGGAGAACCUUUAUGUAACGGGCUUAUUGAUCAUCAGGUUGUAAUGUUAUUUGUAUCUGUUUGAUGUUUUGUA